CCCUUCCUCCCGCCCUGAAACCCUCUUCCGGAGUCGGGGUCCCCGGGAGCGGGUGACACCAGGGUCCCCGCCUGGCCACGCCCUGCACCCGGUCGCAACAAACGCCUUGCACGGCCAGCUUCCCUGCCCCGCCCUCUGGCCCCACCCCAGGCGCUCAUUUAUCUCGGUUCGCGGAACUACCCGCUUCACUGCCACCUACCGCGCCUUCUCCGUCCUGCUGCGACACGGGCCCGUCCCUACCCCGCGCGCCAUGAGUCUCGCGCGACCGAGCGCCCUCGCCGUGCUGCGCCUCCUCGGGGGACUGUCGCCGCCGCUGCUGCUGCUGCUGCUGCUGCUGCGUCCGCCGGCUGUGCGGGGUGACUGCGGUCUUCCCGCAGCUGUCCCUAAUGCCCAGCCAGAUCUGAGAAACCUUACAAGUUUUCCAGACGGAAGUGAGGUAACAUACAGAUGUGAUGAAAGCUUUGUAAAAAUUCCUGGCAAGCCAGACUCAGUGGUCUGUGCUGACAGCGAAUGGUCAGACAUUGAAGAAUUCUGUAAUCGAAGCUGUGAUGUUCCACCCAGAUUACUUUUUGCAUCCCUCAAAAAGACUUACAGCAAUCAGAAUUAUUUCCCAGUCGGUUCCACCGUGGAAUAUGAGUGCCGUUUGGGCUACAGAAGGGACCCUACUCAAUUGGGAAAAAUAACUUGCCUUAAGAGUUUAGAAUGGUCCGAACCAGCUGAAUUUUGUGAAAAAAAAUCAUGUCCUAAUCUUGGAGAUUUAGUAAAUGGUCAUAUCAAUAUAACAACUGACAUAUUGUUUGGUUCAACCAUCUACUUCUCAUGUGACAUAGGGUACUUAUUAGUUGGUUCAUCUUCCAGUUACUGUCAAAUUACAGGGGAUACUGUAGGCUGGAGUGAUCGAUUUCCACUGUGUGUAGCAAUUCAGUGUCCAGAUCCACCAAGAAUUGCCAAUGGAAUAAUUCUACGGGAAAGUGACACCUAUGUAUAUAAUCAGUUUGUAACGUAUAAAUGUUCUCAAGGCUUCACCCUGGUCGGAGAGCCCAAUGUUUAUUGUACAGUAAAAGAUGGUGGAGGGGAAUGGACCAGCGCACCUCAGUGCAAAGGAGAAUCUGCACAUCCCAAAGUUCCACCAACAGUUCAGAAACCCACCACAGUAAAUGUGCCAACUACAGAAACUCCAUCAACUACUCAGAAGUCCACCAAAGCAAUGACUUCAGGUACUACCAAGAUUACCAAGAUUAUAUAUGGACACACGUGUAUAACGUUGACAAUUUUGCUUGUGAUUUUGCAAUUUUGCUAGCUGAUUUAGCCAAAGAAGAGUUAAGAAGAAGGUGGUGCACACAAGUACACAGAAUCUUUCUAAUUUCUUAGAAUUUUCUGUAGAAGUGGGUACAAUAAAUACAAUAGUGCUCUUAA